UUCACCAAGUUCCAUAAUACCCGCAAAUAAACAACAUUUAGUUCCUACAUCUGGUACAUAUCCUACGGGAUUUAAGGUAACAGGUUUUCAUUGUGGCAUCAAGAAAAAUGGGAUAAAAGAUUUAGCAUUAAUAGUUUCCGAUAGACCAUGUACUGCCGCUUCAGUAUUUACCACCAAU